CGACAAAAUGGCAGCGAGUUUGUGGUUAUUUCUAUUCGCAAGUUCUGUAUUAAUACGCUCCAGUUUUGCUGCCAAUGCAGCAUUUAAUAAAACAGUGGAAGCUGUACCCUCGUGUGGUGUCAACAGUAGCGAAAUGUUCUACCAUAUAUCGCAAGCAAAGCUUUUGCCGUUUAAACGAAAUAUUUCAACAUGCGACCAAAAUAUAACCGACCUUGCUUAUCCACCAAAAGCCAUUGUGGACGAAAAUUUCGCGACGUUUUGGCAAGCAGAAGGGGGCAAGGAUAAUACUACAAUAACUGUUGAUUUAUCAGGGGUAAACCAAAAGGUAUGAGGUGCUUUGAAGUUAGGCUUUUGUCACUUUUAUAUUAUACGGUUUGAUGGUUGCUGUGAAUUUGCGUCGUUAGCAACCGAAUGUUUUUGUCGUGUUUUCCGGAAUGUAUUUUUACUGCAUACAAGUUGUGUAUUGUGUAAUACGCUUCACAUGUAAUUCUUUAUAGUAUAUAUACCUCUCAUAUAGUUUAUAUAGUUUUUACGUGUUGUCACUUGUGACGAAAGCCGGUGAUACUUGUCAAUAGACUCGAUACCAGUAUAAAGAUUAAAGUUGCAUUCUGUAUAGUGUAUAGUGUAAAGGUAUUCUGUGAAAUUGACACAGUGCUAUACGCGUCCACAUUGCAAAAUAUUUUGAUUCAAAACUUGAGUCAGAUAAUCCACUCUCAGUGACUCAAAGUUUUGAAUAAAAUAACUCAAAUUUAUGACCAGUUUUGUUAUAUGAGCACCUAUCCGAUACGGAAUGUACAACUUUCAGAAGCUGAACGAAACAACAUCUCUCAAAAUGUUGUUUACCCAACUCUUUUCUUUUCGGUGCCAACCCCCACCAUAAAUAAUAACUGGUCCCUUAGAUAUAAUAUGAUAGCUAUUGCUUUGUAUUCCUAGUUCUACUAUGUGAACUUCAUCACGAUAUCAUUUGGAGACUAUUCCCGUCCUAAACAUAUCGCAUUUCACAAAAAGUCAAGCACAAGUGGUAAUUUUGAGCCAUGGCAUUAUCUUGUCACCGAAGAAGAGCAAUGCGAAACGGUGUUUGGUGUUCCAUUUAACAGAUUUCCUAUCCCUACCAAUGCAGUGUUGUGCACACGAUAUACUGGUGCUGCGCUGGAAACGAAUGAAAAUGUAAGUGAAAUGUACUGUACUUCUAAAUUACACACGUAAAAACGCACAAGUUGUAACAAACCUGCAGCAAACUUGUAUAGCAAUGCUGUUCCAACAACUUGUUAACAGGAUGUGUUCGCACUGCUUGUUCCCAGCUUGUUGCAAGUUUGUCAACGGCUUGUCGAAAACUUGCCACAAGGUUGUUGAGCUCAAUAGACUUAUUACAAGUUCUUCCAAGAACUUGUUAUCGUCCUGCAAUUCAACAAUUUGUCAACAAGUUGUGAGUGACAAUCUUGUAGCAACUUGAUGAAAUAACAGCAUUGUUACAACUUGUUGACAAACCUGCUACAAGUCUGUUGCGAAUACAUCUUGUCGACAAAUGAUGAGAUUUUUACAUGGGUAAGUUUUAGAGGCCAAACAUAAUUUCAUUCCAUUUCUGUUCACGCGUUUCAAAUAACUCCCAUUUGCGUUCAACUCGAAACAUAGCCCAUUUGCGUUUCAAAAUGCGUUUAAUUUCCGUUUCGAACGCGUUCCAAUUCUGUUCUACUUGCGUCGCGAACACGUUCCAGUUCCAUUCCGAAGGCACUCCAGUUACAUUCUGAAUGCAUUUCAAAUUACGUUCCUUUUUCUGUAGAUAACAAUUAAUCUGGAAGGAGGUCGAGGGAAAAUUGUUAAUAAUGAUGGGGAGUUGAAUACGCAACUUUUGGUGUGUUAAAAUUUUGUGAAAUUAAUGAUAAAUAAGCGUUCAAAUAAAAUAGAUAUAAUAGCAACCUGACAAUUGAAUAUUUCUCGUUUUAGAAUUGGAUGAACACCACAGAAGUGGAACUGAAAUUUUCUGGACUAAGAUUGUUUCCUGAUCCGUUAGCUAAACGAUGGGUAAACUAA